AUGGGUCAGCUCUAUUCACGGGUGAAUGCUACAUUUUCCCACUAUGGUGAUGCUUCAUAUGUUAAUAAAUCUUAUUGGACGCCCUCGAUGGAGUCGUCGAUUUGCGGUGUGCCGUGCACGAUAUUCUUGGCGAUAAUUUGCAUAAUUUUUACCAAGAAUCGAGGCUUACGGCAAAAAUAUCAGAACACGAUCUCCUUCAUGACGUACGGGUGCUUUAUUCUGGGAUCCCCAAUCGCGUGGUACAAUUUUAUGAUCUACACGGGAAUGAACGUCACCGGCGGCAAUUUUCGUUUCACCGCCUUUUCGUGCACUUUCUGGAAAAUCCUCGGGCUCACCACCUGGUAUUGCUCAUUUUUGGUCCCAGCGUUCCUCGUCGAUCUGGCAAACUUCUUCAUCGGCACCCCGAUCUAUAAUAAUACCUGCAAUGUGUUGCUCUAUUCGACCGUAUCCCCAGUGCCACAGCUUUAUAACGCCUACGUGCUCACAAUUUGUACUGGCGGCGUCAUUUGUAAUUUUCUCACCUAUCACCACAUCCAGGAACUGCAUAAAAGCAAAGUGAUGAGAACCGAGGAUCGCCAGCUUCUUUAUUCGAUUACGGUGCAAGCUUUUGCGCCAUUUUUUGCUGCCCUAUUUUUCUGUUCAAAUAACCUGGGAUCGAUUACGGGAUGGUAUUCGUUUCCUGACUGGGUUAGUCGACCGAUGAAUAAGUACGCGUUGAUUGCGUCGACGUUGGUGGUGCCGUUAAUUUCGAUCUUAGUGGUGGCGCGGGUACGAAAAGCUAUUAUCGGCAGCCUAGUGUCAAGCUGUGGUCUACGAAAAUUAGCGCCAGCCGUCACGAUGACCUCCGAAGCAUCCUCCAACGACGACAACCGGCCGAAGCUCUUUACUAAAAGCCCGUUCACGCCGGUACAG